GUUCAGUCUAAAAGCCGCUCUUAUCUCUGAUUCUCCCUUUGCGACCUACACCAGGCAUGCAGGACAAUAUCUGCGGUUUUUUUUUAAAUUUGGGAAAGUGUCGCGAAUGCCGUGCGCAACGCAACACACAGAAGGCUCGCGCUGAAAAUAGGCUAGGCCUACGUUAAUGAUCGUGACCUUUAACCUGACGACAGGUGGGUCGCCAGCUGACGAGACACGGGCCUGUUUAACGCUCUGCGAGAACAAUUUGGGAUUAUGAGACGAAUGUUUGGACGUUUUUCGCGUGUCAAAAGUCAAGUUCAUGAUUCAUUUAUUAAUGGAGUUAGGUUUAUAAAUGACUUAGCCGACUGCAGAGGGAUAUAAACUUGUUCAUUCGUUUCAUAUGCUGCGUUUGCAUACCUUUCUGUGGACACGGUCUUCUGGUUUUGAUAAAAACCACCAAACCGCUGGACUGCAGUAUUGGCCUAUAAACGGAGAAGUCGAUCUCUUUUUUUGUUCUUUCCCGUUGUGUUGAAACCCCGUUUUUGGAAGUGCCCACGCACGGAAACACGCUUUACAUUUUGUUAUUUUAAAGUAAACAAACUGCAACAUAAUAAUGGAGAAAAGACAAAACAAACAAACAAACAAACACCUGAAAAGUGGACGGGGGCGGAGUACUGGGCAUUCGUCGCCGGAGGACCUUCUGUUGUAGUUGAGCUGCGGACGAAAGAAGAGGCCGUCCAAUGACGCGUCGCCGCACCUGCUGGUCCGCGCCAGGUGCCCCUGCGCUCAAUGUGUUGCCGUGGGAACCCAGCGUGCCAUCCCAUCAUCACCGGGCCCUGGACUGUAGGACGGGUGGAAAAUGAAAGCUCCCAUUCCUCUCCUGAUCCUGCUCUACUCCACCAUCGCCCAGAGCUUGAAGGUCGUGUCCAAGCGAGGUUCAGUGGACGGCUGCACGGAUUGGUCGGUGGACUACUUGAAAUACAAAGUGCUUGUCGGGGAGCCGGUGCGGAUUAAGUGCGCGCUGUUUUACGGAUACAUCCGGGCGAACUACACGCACGCCCAGAGCGCGGGACUGAGCCUGAUGUGGUACAGGAGCUCGGGGCACGGGGACUUCGAGGAGCCCAUCUCGUUCGACGGCGUCCGGAUGAGCAAAGAGGAGGACGCCAUCUGGUUUCGACCGGCGGAACUGCAGGACAUCGGCCUCUACUCCUGCGUGCUCAGGAAUUCCACGUACUGCAUGAAGGUGUCCAUGUCCCUGAUUGUGGCGGAGAACGACACUGACCUCUGCUACAACUCCAAAAUGCGCUACUUCGAGAAGGCGGAGCUGAGCAAGAGCAAGGAUAUCACCUGCCGAGACAUCGAGGACUACACGCAGUCUGCAAAGGAUCCUGAGAUUGUGUGGUACAAGGAAUGCAAGUCCAAACAGUGGAGGGAAAGCAUUUUGCUGAAGAAGGACACCCUCUCCAUCCGCGAGGUCCACGAAGACGACAUUGGAAAUUACACGUGCGAGUUACAGUUCGGAACCUUCGUGGUGCGGAGGACCACUCAGCUGACGGUCACAGCGCCCUUGACGGACAAGCCGCCGAAGAUCCUCUUCCCGUCCGAGAACAAGAUGACUGCCAUGGAGAUACAGAUCGGUGGCCCGGUGAACCUGACCUGCCGGGCCUUCUUCGGCUACAGCGGGGACGUCAGCCCGCUCAUCUACUGGAUGAAGGGGGAGAAGUUCAUCGAGGACCUGGACGAGGGCCGGGUGCAGGAGAGCGAGAUAAAGACCAUCCGGGAGCACCUGGGGGAACAGGAAGUGUCGAUCUCCCUGACGAUCGAUGCGGUGGAGGACGGGGACCUGGGCAAUUACUCCUGUUACGUGGAGAACGGGAACGGCCGGCGACAGGCCAGCAUCCAGCUCAUGAAGAGGGCAGAGCUGAUGUACACGGUGGAGCUGGCCGGGGGCCUGGGCGUGAUCCUGCUGCUGCUGGUGUGUCUGGUGACCCUCUACAAGUGCUACCGGAUUGAGCUCAUGCUCUUCUACAGGAACCACUUUGGCAGCGACGACGUGGACGGAGAAAAUAAGGACUACGACGCGUACCUGUCCUACACCAAAGUGGACCCGGACCAGUGGAGCCAGGAAACGCGCGAAGAGGAGCGCUUCGCGCUGGAGAUCCUGCCCGACGUCCUGGAAAAGCAUUAUGGGUAUAAACUCUUCAUUCCAGACAGAGAUUUGAUCCCGACAGGAAGUUUCACCAAUGAUCAUUUCCAGGAUGAUACAAGACUCCUUAGAGCGUACAUCGAGGACGUGGCGCGCUGCGUGGACCAGAGCAAGCGCCUGAUCAUCGUCAUGACGCCCAACUACGUGGUGCGGCGCGGCUGGAGCAUCUUCGAGCUGGAGACGCGGCUGCGCAACAUGCUGGCGACCGGCGAGAUCAAGGUGAUCCUGAUCGAGUGCGCCGAGCUGCGCGGCAUCAUGAACUACCAGGAGGUGGAGGCGCUCAAGCACACCAUCAAGACGCUGACCGUCAUCAAGUGGCGCGGCCCCGCCAGCAGCAAGCUCAGCUCCAAGUUCUGGAAGCGGCUGCGCUACGAGAUGCCCUUCCGGCCCGCCGAGCCGGGCGCCGCCCGCGAGCCCGUGCUGGACGCCAGCGAGCAGGGCCCCUUCGGCGAGCUGCAGACCGUCUCCGCCAUCUCCAUGGCGGCCGCCACCUCCACCGCCAUGGCGACGGCCCACCCGGAGCUGCGCUCCACCUUCCACAACACCUACCACACCCAGAUGCGGCAGAAACACUACUACCGCAGCUACGAGUACGACGUGCCAGCCGGCGGCACCCUGCCCCCGCUCUCGUCGCUGGGCAACCAGCACACCUACUGCAACAUCCCCAUGACUCUGCUCAACGGCCAGCGGCCGCAGGCCAAGUCGCCGCGGGAACAGAGCCUGGAGGAGGCGCACGCCAACAACGCCAUGCUCCCGCUGUUGCCGCGGGAGACCAGCAUCUCCAGCGUCAUCUGGUGACGGCGCGGAGAGCGGGGCGG